AUGGAGCUUCUACGAUUAGGGUUGGAACGCAGACAUAGAGGUGUAAGAAGGAGCGGUGCCUCCACCGCAAGGAAGGAGAGCAUUGAAUCGAUUACUAAAUCCACUCGCACCCGUUUCUUCAUCAUUCUAACAAUCAAGAUCCUAGCUAUUGUUAGCGCAUAUAUGUGUAACUGCUAUGACUUUGAAAAUCCGAAGAUUGUAGUUGCACGCCAUCUUGGCGAUGUCCAUUCAUCUGCCUUUUGCCAUGAUGUAAACAGGGAUAUUAAUUCAUUUAUUCCUGAUCAUACUGUUACUGAUGCCGAGUGCGCAAGGGCAUACUCAAGGGUUGUUGGAACGGAUGCGAACGGCCGUUCGAUAUUUGUUCCUGACACCCGUUUGAGAGCCAAUUGCGAACAUUGGACAGGCGGUUGUCUUUAA